UGUCAGUCACAACAAUACUUAGGAGAAUUUCCGAAAAAUUUAACUAUGAUCUCAUAGCCUUUUCCCUGUGUUAAUAUUGUUAUCAUUAAGUUUGAAACAUGCAGCAAUCGCCAUUUGAAAAUAUAUUUAACAUAAUAGGUGGCUUGUCUGAAGGCAACGAAAAGCCGAUGAAACAUGGGUUUUAUAACGCCUUUGCUCUUUUUAUUUUAACUAUUUGCUGUGCUGCGGUUUAUGUGCUGUUCUUAAUCUUAGAGCCCUUCUUUAAACCCUUAUUUUGGGCUUUGUUAGUUGGUUCUAUUCUCCACCCUUUUAAAUACAAACUCGCGCGACAAAUCAAGUCAUGGUUCGAAGAUUUGGACAAGUCUCGUACCUCAGUCGUAGUAGGACUAAUGGUUAUUCCUAUGAAUGUGAUGAACUUUGCUUCAGACACAGUGGGACAGCAAUUUAGAGAACAUUACAAGACUGUGAUAGCGUUGCUCUCUACGAUAUAUGUGUUGCCAUGGCUAUACAACUCGGUGCCGAGGAGUUUUGCUUGCAUAUUCUGGCAAAUAUGCAGCUUCGUGGGCCACUCCACUACUAUGCUCAUUUAUUUAUGCAGUUCAUACAUAACACUCACCAUUGCUAUAGCGUAUUUUAUAAGCGUUUACAUUCUAUGGACACCACAAAGGGCAAGCCUGUUCAGAGGAACCUCGCAGCUGCCAUGGCUUGUUAUAACUUGUUUCCUUGCAAGCCUCACUGGCACGUACCAGGUUUACACAUUUGUGUUUCUACAAGCCAUCUGUAUUGCUGGCUUUGCCCUUGAGGUUUUGGAUGUACAUAAACAACUGUUGAUGAAAGAUCCAGAAGCUUCUAUGCUUGUUGCACUACACAAUGUCAUCACAAAUGAACACAAACAAGUAACUAGUCCAACUGAAGAAAAACCACCAGAAGUUGUACAAUCUGCGAGUGAACAAGAAUCAUCACCUGAAAAAGAAACUCCUUCACCGGUUACACCUGACACUAUCACAAAAAGGGGAAGCUGGACAUCCAAUGAACCAAUACAGAGUUCUCCAAGACACGCUAAAAUGCUGUACAAAACUAGAACCUUAUCCGCAUUACCACUAUCGAAUACAAAAAUGAAAACUGCUUUUGAUAAUCGCUUCAUAGCAUCUUUCAAGCAAAGGUCUCUAGACGAAAAUUACAUGCGAAGCAACUUUGAUAACGAUGAAGAGACAGCAUUGUAUUUCAAGCUAUUAUUCUUCGGAUGUUUCUGCAUGCUAGUAUGGAAACAUAUAUGGUUGCUGCCAGUAAUGCUUUUCUUUCUAGCGAUACACGUUAUAAAGAAACUGCUAGAUUACUUUGGAGUAUGGCUGUUUUGCGAGAAUCAGUACAAUAAUGUUAUGGGCAAAAUCAAAUGCUGGUGGAAUGAUAGGCAAUCAGCACUCGUCCCGGCUCACAUCCGAGGCAUCGGCAAGAUGAUGUCGCUAUGCAACAGCAGAUUCAGCGAGAUCGCGUACGAUUCCGUCGACACGGUGUCCACUUGCAUCGUCAUCAUGGGACUCAUCUUCUUCGCUACUGUCGCUACGAUAUUCAUUUGUAUACAGAUAUACUCAGAGGCGAUAGUCGUGGUGCAGCUCAGCGGCAGUCUUCUAAACAGCACGUUCGUUCAAAACAGCGAACUUCACGCUUAUCUCCCGGAGGGCUGGGAAGACAAACUAGACUCGCUCAUUGACAACGCAUACACUUAUGGAAGGGAGGGAAUCUCUACUGGAAUAGGAGACUAUGUGAAAAGCAUUCUCAAAGAAGGCGACCCGGAGAAGAUCGCUCGCGUCGAACAACAGAUACUUGAGAUCUGGGACCGCGUGUACCAGAGCUGGGUGUCUGGCCACUUCACAGCUCAAGUCGGGCCUCAAGUCGACGGCUCAGCCAUCCAAGACUCGUGGGACAACUUCGUCAAUGACGUCUCUAACACUCCUGCUCGCGUCAAACAACAGAUACUUGAGAUCUGGGACCGCGUGUACCAGAGCUGGGUGUCUGGCCACUUCACGGCUCAAGUCGGGCCUCAAGUCGACGGCUCAGCCAUCCAAGACUCGUGGGACAACUUCGUCAAUGACGUCUCUAACACUCCUGCUCGCGUCGAACAACAGAUACUUGAGAUCUGGGACCGCGUGUACCAGAGCUGGGUGUCUGGCCACUUCACGGCUCAAGUUGGGCCUCAAGUCGACGGCCCAGCCAUCCAAGACUCGUGGGACAACUUCGUCAAUGACGUCUCUAACACUCCUGACCGCGUGUACCAGAGCUGGGUAUCUGGCCACUUCACGGCUCAAGUCGGGCCACAAGUCGACGGCUCAGCCAUCCAAGACUCGUGGGACAACUUCGUCAAUGACGUCUCUAACACUCCUGGGAUGUUCGACUACACGGGCAUCAUAGACUGGGUGCGAGCCAACGUGGGGACUCUGAGCGCCAUCGCUUCGAACAUUUGGGCGCCUUUGGCUAGCAACGUGUCGCUACUAGCUGGGUCAGUUGGCGCCUUUACUUCGCUGCUGCUAUGCGGUGGUGGCGCCAUCAUCAACAUGUUUAUUAACUUGAUCGUGUUUUUCACGACCCUCUUCUACUUGCUGGCGUCGAGCAACGCUCUGUACAAGCCAGUUGAAGUGAUCACGCGGGUGCAGCCCAACUUUGGACCACGUCUUGGCAUCGCUCUUUCAGUUGCUAUUAAUCAAGUGUUCAGAGCUUCGUUCAAGAUGGCCCUCUUCUACGGAUUAUGGACGUGGCUAGUGCAUAACUUCUUCGGGGCUAAGGUGGUCUACUUGCCCUCAGUCUUGGCCGCGGUUCUGGGCGCCGCUCCGUUCCUAGGCCCGUACUUGGCGGGGAUCCCCGCGGCGUUAGAUGUCUGGCUUCAGGGACGACCCAUGUCAGCACUGUUGCUGCCUAUAGCGCAAGCCGCUCCCAUCGCUUUCCUGGACGCCGCCGUCUAUGCUGAGAUCAAAGACGGUGGCCACCCAUACGUAACAGGCCUGGCCAUAGCGGGCGGCAUCUUCUACCUAGGCCCAGAAGGCGCUAUCCUAGGCCCACUCCUGCUGUGCUGCCUGAUGGUGGUCCUCAACUUGUCCUCGACCUUCCUAAGGGACACCCCCUCUGAGGAAAGAGCAGCACUCCACUCCCGAGUCAGACUCGGUGCUUUUCUCUGACGGGCUUGCAUGGACAACUAACGAAUGUCAAUUAAUUGUAAGCAAUGGUACUCAGUCGCCAUACUUAACAAUCAUCAUAGUUCCAGUCAUACACGGACAGUUCAAUGAUUUUUUCGGGGCCUCAGGUUACCUAGCAACACGGCGAGGUAACGUACUAGACCGAAUAGGCAUUAGACGCCUAUUCGUCAUCCUAUACUUAGUUUACGUAUGCUUGUAUGCAGGUGUACAUCAAGCGUAUAGUGAUGAAUAUAUGCGUUUAGUAUGCUAUGCCGUCGUGGACAGUGACGUUAAGGCCCAGAACAGACGGUGAAACGCAACUGCAACGAAACUGCAACUUUGUGAUGAUUCUGAUGAAUGAAACUGAAACUGAAAGUUUAAAACUGGUCGCGUCAUGUGUGGUCUCUCAACGGACGCUAUGGCAGAAACUUAGAUGCAACUCAAAAGUAACUAGAGCAGUUGCAGUUUCGUUGCAGUUGCGUUUCACCGUCUGUUCUGGGCCUUAGCCUUGUUAGUAUCAUUAAGGUGCUCACCCAUUGAGAGCGUUUACGUGUAAUGUAUCAAUAGAAAUUAGAUUUUUCGACUAAUUUAUAAUUAUGCAACUUGUAGCAACCAGUUUGUUGGCAACCACAAAAUGCUACUUUUUUCACUAUCGCUUAUGGCAACACUAAAGUCACGCAUGCAAACACUCAAUGUCGCCAUCUCUAUGCAAAAUCCGGGCUGCCCGUGUAUGACUCAUUUAUACUAAAGUUUUAAUGAAAAGUUAUUCAUCAUUUGUACGGAAUGCGUAGAUUUUAACCGUUAAAAAAUAUUCGUGACAAAAAUCACUAUUGUAAGUUAACUUACAUCGAGAUAUUUAGUAACGAUAAAAUAACAGGUAGAAAAGGGUUUAAAAUCCGUUAAUAAACUGGGGUUAAACCUCGUGGAAAAUUACGAAAAUGUCUAUUGUUCUCGCGCGGUUAAACCAAAAUACUAAUUUAUGCAAAAUUUUUAUCAAAUUAAUAAAUCAAAGAUCUGAUUGAAGUGAUUCAUCUGAUUUCAUUAGUUAUUAAAUCUUAUUUAUAUUGCAUACACCAGUAACGUACAAUAUUGAAAGAUGCUACCACAAAAAACAAAUACUGCCUCCAUACCAAUGAAAUUAUUUUAUAAACUAAAACUAUUAUUCAAUAAAAGCAUGUUAUUUACUUAUUUAUUUUAUACAAUAGUGAUAUUUAUUAAUAACUUUUAAUGUGUAUUUUUUAUCCAUAAACGAGGGAUAUAAAUUCCAUAAACAAUUUGAAGCCUCUAAAGUAUGAACGUGUAGGUACACAAAUGAAUGUGGAAUACCACGAAUAUAAGAUUGAGAAAUAAUAUUUAUUGAUCUUUAAUAAGAACGUUCAUUUUCAUUUUAUAUUAACUAAACUAAUAAUUAAAAAUGUUGGUUGUUCUGUUUAGCUUUACCAAAUAUUUAAUUAAUUUAUUAUGAAAUGCCUAUUUAUUAACAUUAUUUUUUUGUUUUACGUUAUACAUGUAUUGUAAUCGUCCGAUUUAAAAAAAAACACCUAUUGAAUAGAAUUUAAGAAAAUAUUAUUGGUAAUAUUAAUCUACCGAAAUAUCCCAUUGAUUCAAUUUACGGGUAUAAUACAUGAUAAUUAUUUAGCUUAAGGUAUUUUAUAUUAUUAAAAAUGGUGCUUUAUUUACUAUAGUUUUGCGGGUGAAAUAAUUGAAAACCCCGUAUUGUUACGCAUGCGAAAUCAAAUAUAUUUAAGUACUUGAAGUAACUAACACAAAUUCAAAUGUAGUAUAUGAAAACGAUGGAUUAUUAUCCAUCUAUCCAUCAUGAAUAUUGCAAGCGCAACGAAGUUUAGUAACAUUAGUAGUAAUAAGCAACCUUUCAACUAUUGGAUGUUGUAAAUGUACUAAAGCUUAUGCUUACUUUAUUAAUUCACAAACAUUUUUGUGCUUCCAAAUUACAAAAAAAAAGCAUAAGCCAAAUUGAUAACGUAGCGAUGUAAUUGCACCGUUAGUGUAAAAUUGUUCUGCGAAAGUCCAUCAAAUGUGUACCUAAUGAAAGCUAUUUUAACCGACUUCAAAAAAGGAGGAGGUUAUAAUAUGUUCGGCUGUAUGUAUUUUUAAGUAACUUUGUUUUGUCCUAUACUUUAUGGUCAUAUACUAAUAGAUAUGAAAUUAUUGCUUUGUAUUUUUUUACAUGAAGAGAAUGGAGGAUGGCCAAAUAUUUUAUGCAUGUUCAAUUAUUCAGUACUAGCGGCCGCCCGCGACUUCGUGCGCGUGGAUCUCGUUUUACCCCCCCUUCAUCUAUCUUACGCGGUUCAGAUUUUUUCAUACAAAUGUUUUUUCCCGCUAACUCCCGUUCCCGUGAGAAUUUUGCAAUAUCCUGUUGUAACUAAGCUUUAAGUUUACUAAGGUACCUGCAUGCCAAAUUUCAAGAGUCUAUCUUACGCGGUUUAGAUUUUUUCAUACAAAUGUUUUUUCCCGCUAACUCCCGUUCCCGUGGGAAUUUUGCAAUAUCCUGUUGUAACUAAGCUUUAAGUUUACUAAGGUACCUGCAUGCCAAAUUUCAAGAGUCUAUCUUACGCGGUUUAGAUUUUUUCAUACAAAAUGUUUUUUCCCACUAACUCCCGUUCCCGUGGGAAUUUUGCAAUAUCCUGUUGUAACUAAGCUUCAAGUUUACUAAGGUACCUGCAUGCCAAAUUUCAAGCGUCUAACUUAAGCGGUUUAGAUUUUUCAUACAAAAGGAUUUUCCCGCUAAUUCCCGUUCCCGUGGGAAUUCCUAAGUAUCCUAUAACCUGCCCAGGAGUAUGAAGAAUAAUUGUACCAAGUUUCGUUAAAAUCCGUCAAGUAGUUUUUGUUUCUAUAAGGAACAUACAGACAGACAGACAGACAGACAGACAGACAGACAGACAGACAAAAAUUUUACUGAUUGCAUUUUUGGCAUCAGUAUCGAUCACUAAUCACCCCCUGAUAGUUAUUUUGAAAAUAUAUUUCAUGUACAGAAUUGACCUCUCUACAGAUUUAUUAUAAGUAUAGAUUUAUGCUAAAACUAACAUUGGGACGAUGAAUGUAAACUUCUGAAUGAGUCCAGUUACACACUAGUUGCCAUCGCUAGUUCUUUAUUUGCCAUACAUUAGCAAAUUAAGCCUUGGCGCAGACCAUCGAUUUUUCGUCGGCCGAUAGUUUAGUCGGGCAGUUGAUCAGUAUGAGCAUGUAUGGAAGUUCGCACAUUACACCGAUUUGAUUUGGCCGAUUCUUCAUACAAAUUAAAAUCGGGCCCAACUAUCGGCCAACUAAAAAUCGGUACUCUGCGCCUAAUCUAAGGCUGAGUUGCACCAUCUUAAACGUCAAAAAUCUGUCAAACUCCAACUAUUGAUAGCACAGCGCGAUUUCUAGAUCUUGUAGAAUCGCCGCAAUGGUUCGUAGUGUGUAAUGGCUGAUGUGUAAUGAAAUGUACUACAAUAAACUCGUAUCACAAUGAUUAUGCUUCCAACUCGAUUAGCUACGAGUAAGUGCUCAACUUUUUUAUAUUACUAGAAUGUCUCGUCUGAAAGUAAAAAAGUUUUUGUAAAUUACACUUUGUAUUUAGUGUAUUCCCUAUCAAUCGUGAUAUUUUAUAGAUAUAUGCAUAUUUCAGUGAAUGUCCAGUGUAUUUAUAAACUUACAAAUGCACUAACAAUAAAUCAGCCCUUACAGUUCAGAAAGUGUCGUCCAAAGAUUAAUUUAGAUGCACUUAUUGUAAAUUAUAUUGCAGUACGCGUAUUUUAUAUUAAGUUUGUAAUAACGACAUGAAACACAAUGUGAACUGAAAUAAACGCGGUUAUUUGCUUUUUAUAAA